UACAAACCUUGGUAUGUGCACUCUCUCUCUCUCUCUUCGCAAAUUCUCUUUCUGGGUUGUACCAUCCAUGGCUUCCUUCGUUGAAUCCGGUUGGCAGUUUUUGAUCACGCAUUUCAGUGACUUUCAAUUGGCAUGUUUUGGGAGUUUCUUUCUGCAUGAGAGCGUUUUCUUCUUAUCUGGACUUCCAUUUGUUUGGUUCGAAAGAGCUGGAUGGCUCAGCAACUAUAAGAUUCAGGGGAAAAAUAAUAGCCCUGCAGCUCAGGAGAAAUGUAUCGUUCGCUUAAUACUGUACCAUUUUGGUGUCAAUCUACCAGUCGUGAUUUUUUCAUAUCCUGUGUUCAAAUAUAUGGGCAUGCGAAGUAGUCUUCCAUUGCCAUCCUGGAAUGUAAUUCUAACACAAAUAAUCUUUUACUUCAUUUUGGAGGAUUUUGUAUUUUACUGGGGUCACAGGGUAUUGCACACAAAAUGGCUGUACAAGCAUGUGCACAGUGUUCAUCAUGAGUAUGCUACACCGUUUGGACUUACUUCGGAAUAUGCUCAUCCUGCCGAAAUACUUUUCCUUGGAUUUGCUACCAUUAUUGGCCCUGCUGUCACAGGGCCACACUUGGUAACUCUAUGGUUAUGGAUGGUUCUGAGAGUCCUGGAGACAGUUGAAGCUCAUUGUGGUUACCAUUUUCCUUGGAGUCCUUCAAAUUUCUUUCCAUUAUAUGGGGGAUCUGAUUUCCAUGACUAUCAUCACCGAUUGCUUUAUACCAAGUCCGGAAACUACUCGUCAACUUUUACCUACAUGGACUGGAUAUUUGGAACAGAUAUAGGGUAUAGAAAGUUGAAAGCAUUGAAGAGAGCCACAGUUGAAAACAAUCAAUGUAACAAAAUUUAUGAAUGAACAUUGAACGAGAUCAGAAUGUGCAUAUCCAUUUUCCACGGCAUACGUCUUGCCGCCCUUGUCUGGUACCUGUUCUGUUGUUCAUAUGGAACAUUUUCUUUAAAGACACUUUACACUUGUGCCUAUUUUUCAGAUGAUUAUAAUGAUUUUGGUUUCAAUGUUCCAAGUUGUUUUGCUUUCAACUUUGGCUUGUCUGGUAGCCACUUUUAGAACGUCCUUGUCAGCAUUAACAACAAAAUAUGUAUUUGUGAAGUAUAUGGGUGUACUUACUAUUUAGCAUAAAUGUUAGGGUUGGACAAUUGAAGGUUGAAUUCAAUGAAAUCUUCAGCAUGUGUGCAAGAUAAUUGCUGUGAUUUUUAUACGCGAGUGAUAAGU